CUUGGGUGGUGUGCCAAUGGGGCAUACCCUCUGAUUUGGUCUCCCGGCCUCACUUUUUCUUUGCUCUCCCAUCACUUUUUCUCUUCUUUCCCCCACUCUCCAGGACUCAUUUUUCUCCUUUGUCAAGCUAAGGCUCAAGACCCCUCACCAGACCUACAUCGCCAUCAUCUUAUCCCUCCCCACAUCCUCUGCAAGACCCAUGAACCCAGGAUUGAUGAAGGAACCCCUCCCCCAAGCUCUUUCUCUUUCCUGUCACUGUGCAACCUUCCCCGACAUGUUCCGCCAUCUAGGCUAAAGGUGCAAUUGUGUAUGGCAUUUUCGUCCUCUCUUGUUUGCAAGACUCUUCGCCAACUGUGUAAGGAGUCUCACUAUCAAGAAAUUGGUGCAUGUUGUAAGCUCAAUAGGCGAUUGAUACUUGUAUGCCUUCGGGUGGGUGCUGUAGGAGCCUACAGACAAUUGAUACUUAUAUGCCUUCGGGUGGGUGCUAUAGAAGCUUACGGGCAAAUGAAGGCAAGGGCGGAAGAUAUUUUUAUUGGCUACGACCGAGCAUUUGUAGAUAGCUUCGGCCAGAAGAUAUUCAUAUUGGCUUCGACCGGGCAUAGGUUGGUGGCUUCGAUCGGAAGAUACUUAUAUUGGCUUCGACUAGGAGAUGUAGUGUCCUACGGGCGAAUGAUACUACCUACGGACGAAUGGUCUGCCUAUGGGCGCAUGAUGUAGAGCCUUCAGAUGAAUGAAGAAGUGUUCUACAUGCCUUCGGGUGAAUGAAAUUUUAUAUAUAUGUAUAUGCCUUUUAUAUAUAUACCACUACUAAACACACUAUAUAUGAUAUAUGUUUUAUGAAA